CUAAUUCCAAGGCUCCCAACGGCUCUCGAAUGUCGCGGCCAUCCCUCUCUGCAUCUGCUUCCUUUCCUCAUUCACCGUUUGUCACUCUGUUCUAGCCGUUGAACCUUGAACCCCUUCACGCCUUGACAGUGUCUCUCCGAAAACACGAUGGCUAGCACCCCAUCUUCAUCUUCGACCGGCGUCCUCGCUCUCUCCUCUUCCUCCGCCAAGCGAAAGAGACCCUCGAAGCUCGAGAUCCCAAACGUCCUGCGACAGCUCCAACCCGACGAGCUCAGGUCCCGCGACCUCGCUUGCCGAGACGAUGCCGUCUGCUUCGGCGAGCCUGGAGUCGCGGUCGUGUCGUUCAAAGGCAAGAAGAAGUUCAUGGAGGACGCUUACAAGAUCGCCUCUUCCUUAGAUGGGAACCCAAGUAAAGGUUUCUUCGGUGUGUAUGACGGGCAUGGGGGUAGAAAGGCUGCAGAUUAUGUUGCGGAGCACUUGCACGAGAACAUCCUUGAAAUGAUGGUGAAUGCCGAGACGAUUCCAGAUAAAGAAGCAGCUAUUAAAGCUGGAUACUUGAAAACAGACCAAGAAUUUAUGACACGGGGUUUAAGCAGCGGCGCGUGCUGCGUCACAGCCUUAAUCCAAGGCCAGGAAAUUGCUAUUUCAAACUUGGGAGAUUGCAGGGCUGUUCUCUGUAGAGGAGGAGUGGCUGAAGCUCUCACAAAGGAUCACAGAGCAGAUAAAGAGGAUGAAAAGCAAAGGAUAGAGGAUAUGGGAGGAUUUGUAGAGAUGCACAGAGGAUCCUGGAGAGUGCACGGGAUACUCUCUGUUUCAAGAAGCAUCGGCGAUGCUCAUUUGAAGCAGUGGGUAAUGGCUGAACCUGAUACAAGAGUUCUUCAUUUGACUGUAGAUAUGGAAUUCCUUGUCUUGGCAUCCGAUGGAUUGUGGGAAGAGGUUGGCAACCAGGAAGCUGUCAACAUCAUAAGAUGUUCAUGCGUGGCUGAUAAGGUAACCUUGUCAUCAACAGAUCUUCACAAGGAUGAAAAUGAUGAGUUCGGAUGUGUUAAUGUCAGCCCCUCAUCAAAGCUGCGGAGGAUCUCGCUGCUCAAGCAACAGAAGAAAAUUAAGCAAUCGCCAAGCCACAGGAAACCUAUUGAAAGCUGGAAAGAUAGUGAAAAUGAGUUCUUCGGCGAAAUCGACAGCCCACCAUUGAAGUCGAGAAGAGUAUCCCUGGUUAAGAGAAUAAACACAAAAACCGAAUGCCUUAGUAGUCAAGAGAAGAAUGGCGACUGUAGCAAGGGAUUCUCUUCUGUUGGUCUCGUAGCUGCUUGUAAGGAGCUUGCGAACCUUGCUAUCAGCAGGGGUAGUCUGGAUGAUAUCACCGUGAUGGUCGUAGAUUUGACUCAAUUUAGACGCGACGAGGUAAUAUAGACAGUUUGGUCACUGUGAGUUUUUCUUCAGUC